CGUUUAUAGUCAUGGCGUUCUCCUGUGUGUGGAGAGGCAACGUGAUCACGCGUUAAAAUGAGCAACUUUUGGUUUACUUAAACAAACCAAUCUUAGUAUCAUCUGAUUUCAGCACAUCAUACCUAAAAUACGAGUUGGCACUCCUGGACGUUUCCGUUCAAAGAUAAAAACUGUUGUGUAAACAUCACAGAAAUGGCUUCAUUUAAACCUACAAAUAUCCCAGUUUACCCAAAACUAGGAGAGAAAGUCACACAAGACACACUCUACUGGAAAAACUACAAGGCUCCGGUCCAGAUAAAAGAAUUUGGAGCCAUCACAAACAUAGACUUCUCCCCCGUGACUCCACAUAAUUUUGCUGUGACUGCAUUCACACGAAUCCACAUUUAUGGGCCAUUCUCCCAGGAGCCUGUCAAGACAUUUACACGCUUCAAGGACACUGCAUACUGUGGCAGGUUCAGGUCAGACGGUCAGCUGCUGGUGGCAGGAUGCGAGGACUCUGUCGUCCGGCUGUUUGACGUCGGCGGCAAGGUGGCACUCAGGAUGUUCAGAGGACACACAAAGGCUGUACAUGUGACAGACUUCACCUCAGACCGUUAUCAGAUCCUCACAGGGUCAGAUGACUACACCUGCCGACUUUGGGACAUCCCAAAUGCCACUGAGCUGAAUGUUUACCAAGAACACACAGAUUAUAUUCGCUGUGGCAUCACCAGCAAACUCAACAGAGACCUUUUCAUUACUGGAUCAUACGACCACACACUGAAAGUGUUUGAUGCCAGAGUGGAUAAGAGUGUGAUGAGCAUGGACCACGGCCAGCCAAUAGAGAGCCUCCUGCUCUACCCCUCUGAGGGACUCCUGGUCUCUGCAGGUGGACGCUAUGUGAAAGUGUGGGAUCUGCUAAAAGGAGGCCAACCGCUGGUUUCACUGAGGAACCAUCACAAAACUGUCACCUGUUUGGCGCUCAGCAGCAACGGACAGAGACUGCUGUCAGCCUCUCUGGACAGGCAUGUAAAGGUGUACAGCACAACAAACUACAAAGUGGUGCACAACUUUGACUAUGCUGCCUCUAUCCUCAGUCUGGCUUUGGCUCCGGAUGAUGAGUCCAUUGUCGUGGGAAUGACCAACAGUAUUCUGAGUAUCAAACACAGGAAAAGUCCUGAAGAGUCAAGGGAAAUUAGUGGCCAGCAGAGGCGGCGACCGUCAUACCGUGUUUUUGUGAAAGGGAAGAACUACGUCCCUAAACAGGAUGAUUAUCUUGUCAGUAAGCCAGUAAAACAAUAUUUGGCCAAAUAUGACAAACAGCUCAAGAAAUUUAAUGUGUCCAAGGCUUUGGAUUGCGCUCUGGAGAAAUGGAUAAGACUGAGAAAUCCGGAGGUACCAGUGGCUGUUAUAAAAGAGCUGGAUCGAAGAGGAACGCUGAAGAAUGCACUGGCAGGAAGAGAUGAACAGCAGCUCUCUCGGUUACUCAGCUUCCUCAUAGGGAACUUGGUUGAUAUGAGGUUCGCUCCUGUCCUCGUAGUAGCAGCUGAGAUGAUCCUGGACAUCUAUCGGUCAAUACUGGGCCAGUCACCAGUCAUAGACCGACAGCUGCUGCGUAUGCAGGACCUGCUGGAGCGAGAGAUAGACUACCAGAAGGAACUUGUGGAGGUUCUGGGCAUGUUGGACACAAUGUUUGCGUCCUCCCUCCCGAAGAUGGAGGUGCCGUGUUCUAGUGUCAGCAGGUCCAAUGGACUGUCUCAGGGAGAAGCAAGUUCCUCAAGACCACAGCCUCAAGUCACCUGAGACUUCUAAAGGGGAAAAACUGCUUCAGACUGGAUUACAGUGCCUUUACAGCUCUUUUGAAACAUCAGACACACAUUUCCUGACAUGACAGGCUACAUGUCAUAAACUUCAGACAGAAGCAUUUUGAUACAGGUUUAAGAGACUGUCAAAGCCAUGUUCUUACUCAGAGAGGACAUGAAUUUACUGUAUGAAGAAUCUCUGAAUGUGUGGAUGUAAAGCAAAGCAUUGGUUUUGUCAGAAGUCUUGUAAUUACAUUUUCAAUUUGUAAAUGUAUGUGUGUGUGCUUGAGUGUGUGAAUGAGUUCACAUUGAAUAUCUGACAUUGUUUUAUAAGCAGAUAAAAAUAAAUCUUUGUCAUAUUGAAA